AAAUUUUGAAAUCCGUUCUCUCGAUCAGGCGUUUCAAAAUUCCAACGAGAUUUCGAAAUUUGAACUCACAAUUUCAAAUCUGAUAAUUCCGAUUUCUCUCGAUUGCAGAUUUCGGGAAAGCUCUCGGAGAAAUGGAUGGGACUGAUAAUGCUAAACAGAGCACCGCUGAUAUGUCUGCAUUUGUGCAAAACCUUCUUCAGCAAAUGCAAUCCAGGUUUCAAACAAUGUCGGAAUCCAUCAUUUCAAAGAUUGAUGAGAUGGGAAACCGAAUUGAUGAAUUAGAGCAGAGCAUCAACGAUCUCAGAACUGAGAUGGGUCAAGAAUAUUCUGCAUCUCCUUCAGCUUCUCCAUCGACUAGGGAAGAACCCAACUCGGGCAAAGAUAAUUUAUGAAACAAGAGUACCUUACUACUUCCCUGCUUUAUCGUUGUCUCAUUUGCUCGUGUGUUGUUUCUAUCCUUACCAGUCUCACAUCUGAUUUGCAGUUAUAAUUAUUAUCAUUCUUGAACAAUACUAUUUUCAAAAGUCUCAGCCAUUUACUAUUGUUCGAAAGCGAAAUAUACUUGGUGUGGUUAGUGCAUUUGGAUGUAUGAUCUAUUAUUGUUUGUUUGUGUUAGAACAUGAAAUAUUCAAGAAUUCAUUGCAUAUGAUGGUGAUAUGGUAUAAAUUUGAAUGCUGGAAUUUCAUGUAGUUUCCAUUA